AUAAUGGGCCAUGCUUUAUCGACUCGUGUCAUCGUGUGCCUGUCUUUGUUGUUGAAUGAGUUCCGUGGAGUUUGUUGUCGCAUUGCUUUCGUCUCGGCGCUUGCGGGCGCCGCCGCGGCUGGAGCUGGGUUCGGUCGGCGCGGACGCGCGGUGCCCGUUUUGCGGGUUACGGCGAACUUUUCUUAAUGCCGAUGGAGGUUGCGGACGUGUGCCACCAGGUACUGUUACAUCUGGCCUGGUGGUGCGCGCGUCUGUGGUGGUGGCCGGCUUGAUGUUUGACGAAAUGCCGAAGCGCUUUUGAACAAAAGGCUGCAGCGACACGCGAUAAAUCCACCGGCUCACACAUUCAGACAGAGUCAAAGGAGCAUAUGAAAGGUUUUUUGUCAUCUUUUGGUGGAUGUGGAUGCACUAAGAAAAGGGGCUCAUGGAACAGGGUAAGCAUGAUAUUUUGUUGGUUGUAAGCACUGUUUCAAAACUUGAGUGCUUCUAAUACGGCAAACCAGAAAUGUUAGGUGAACAAGAGCAACAGGCAUUUUGAGUCUAUGAUGCUAAUUAAUAUAACAACUGCUGAAAUACAAAAAUAUUAUCACCUUCACUAAACAAAUUAAACUCUUUUUUUUAAAAAAAGUAAAUAAAUAGAUUAAACUUUAUUUUUAAAAUUUUAAGAAAAAGAAAAGAAAUAAAACUUUUAAACAUGCUAGAAUGCCAAAUUUUUAGAACAGCGUCUUUUCAUUAAUGGGCCCAAGUUCAUGGAGUUCUUUAUCUAUUUAUGUCUUCACACCGAAUCUCCGACGAUGAAGGAUUGUUUGCAUUGAUUCACGAUUGAACUCUGAUUUGGAAUUAUAUGAAUGGAUAUAGGGCAUAGGUUUCUAUUCGACCUUAUGUUGUUCGACUUAUUCAAAAGACAAGUCAAAGUCUCUGGUCGUCGGGCAAUGUACUAGCGUUGAAGGUUUUCUAGUCAUCCUAGAAUAACAGCACUAAUUAGAUGAUUAUGUGGUCAAACGUUAAUCUGGGCAAUAAGUUUAUAGUGUGUUUGGUUUGAGGGAUGGGCUAGUCCAUCAUCUUCUCACUCCUCACUUUUUUGUUUGGUUUGUGGAUUGGGAUGAGUUGAUCUAUCACCACCUUAUUCCUCAUAGUUAAUUAGUUAGUACUAAUAUGAGGAUUGAGGUCAUUCCACCAAAUUUGAGGAAUGGAUUCAUGAUGCACCACCUCAUUUUGGAUGGAAUGAUUUCUCAAACCAAACACCCCCUUAUAGAUUAAAACUCCCAGAUCUGGUUCUUGCACCUAAUCUUAUAGGCAAUCGCACUAAACAAUGCGAGGAUUGGUAGUCUGGUAGGUAAGAGAGAAGAUUAAGGUUGAAAAGAAUGAUGCAUGGAGGGAGUUGGGGAGCUUUAUAUGCAGGCCUAUAUGGGGCAUGUAGGUAGGCAGGGGAAACAAAGAGCGAGUUGGAAUAAGUGUCAUUCGUGUCUGUGCCUGCCGUCUCGUGGGGAUGGUGAUUUUGCCCGUGACUUUCCUGAAGAGACGACAGCAAACCCCUACCCACCUCUUCUCCCCUUACCUUCUUUCUCCUUCCCCCCAACCAAAAACAGCCCAGCUUGCACCACAAGUGUGUGGCUGAGAAAGUGGAAGGUAGAACUAAUGCACAUAACCAACACCACGUCUCAACUACAAACCAUUUCCCUACCUUCCUCUUGCCUGACUUCAUACUUUCUAGAACCAGUGCCUACCAUUUAGCUAACAAAAAGUCAUGAUGCCAGCGCGUCGGUCAGGGAUUGCACUCCUGCUGCUAGCCAGGAUGGUGAGUAAGGUACAAUUGAAGUUGUUUACUAGCUAUAGCUAAGCGCAGCAAACAAACGAAGGGGCUAUUAAAAACUUAUUAAAUCAACCGGUAACAAACUGACAGGACUUAAGCUCGAUUUCUAGUCAGUGGACAUCAAAUUGAUUUACCACUCAGUUCUCUCCCAGGGCCAUGCACAAAUAUUGAAGAACUGAGUGGUAAAUCAAUUUGAUGCCUAACACUCUGGCCCGCGAUUGUUGGAUUGCUAGGUUUCAAACACGCCUCUUGUCGUAGAUGUUGUAUUUUCUUAUACUGUCAAUUGUUAUAAACUGCUACAUCUAUCUGUUUGUUUAUUUAUUUUUAAAAAAACGCACUGUUCAUCUAUCUGUUAUGAAAUGCUCAGUUUUUCAUUGAUUUUUAUCUGAAUAGACCCAUACCGGCAUGUCUCAAAUCAGCAAGAAAUCUAGGUACUAAACCAACUAUCCUUCCCAUCCACACACACACACACACACACACACACAAAAAGAACAGAAAUUGGAGUUAGAUCUGGAGCUACGAUCACUCAACGACAAGAGGAAAGAUAGAAGGGAGACGCACACCAGAAACAGAAACAGUGCAUACGGGAGGACCAUCGUGGAGUGCGGAGUCCCAACCAUUCUGGCCCCAACCAGAACUAAUGGCUUCCGGAUUAUUUCCUCUCCUUGCGCCCCCGGCCAACUAGAAACGGUCCAUAGUUUGGUAACCAUCCCCGAAACGAAUAUAUUAGGUAGGCAGCUGGGUUUCGUUUCGUCGCUCGCGGACAUGCAAGUUUCUCCUAACAAGUAGUAGUAACAGUUGAUGGUCCCACCUCGCGGAGUGAGUCAUAUAUAAUUUCGUAUGCUUUUAGCAGUGCGGAAUGUAUCAUGUUCUUUCUUUUUUUUAUCGAAAAUAAUCAUAAGCAUAUGAGAUAAAUUCGGCUAUACUAGUAGUCAACGAGCGAUGCUGCGACAGAGAGUCAGUGCACGUGUUUAUUAUUAAUAACAAAUAAAAGGAAGUGGAGAAGGACCUGAUCCUAGAUGGUCUAUCAUUAAGGAAUCACAGAUAACGUCCGGUUAUCAUCGCCGUGUCGAUCGAUUGGCCUGGCCCUGUAUAAAUACGACGUCCAUUCCGAUCUGCCUGCCCUGUCGCGGAAAGAUAAAGUAAGUACAGAUGCUGGAGAGUAGUAGUAAUGCGUUUCGGUGAUUUUUUUUUAAAAAAAAUCUUGGUUUGACCAGAGACAGGUGAGCUAGCCUGUGUGAGAGAGCACUAUAAAACAUGGAGGUAGGUUGAUCAGAAUGUGACGAUACGUACGAUUCUGGAAACAACAUUAAUCAAUCUAGAAGAAAAAAAGAGUGGGUGGGCCCAAUAACAAUUCGUUUAAGCGGCGCCAGACGCCAGUUCCGAACCGCUCUAUUUUAUCCAGGAAUGAAUGAACAAGCUGGGAAGGGAAGUCCAUGAUUUGGGGGUGACCCUGUCCUGUUUUUUUUUUACAUUUUUUUAGUGCAGGUUUAUGAGCGUAUGGGUUUGUUGUGUGUACACCGAAAACAUCUGCCUUGUUAACAAAGCGGGGCGAGGGUGUCAAGAUGAGUAGAGCUCAGCUGGUGAGGUCAGGCUGCUUUUAUUUUAUUUUUAAAAAAAAGAGAAAUGUAAGGUACAUGAAUGACUCGUGUACAACUGCUACUCUGUCUUAGUGUACACCAGAAAUCAUUUUCGUGUCGACGUAGCAGUGCCCGAGGAUUACAAACAACUACCUGCAUGGACCUGCUGGUCUGACCAAACUGUACUGAACUGAAUCAUCUGGUGUUGUUUAGGGACCGCCAUGCGUGUGUAUUCCUCAUGUUUACCUCCUGUGCAGGGCAUACGUGUUUCACGGGGUGGGGGUGGGGGCCUGGCAGAUCGACAUCAGCGACAGGAAAAAGGGAGACGAACCUAAUCCAUCUAUCGCCGUAAUCAAAUCAGGAACAGGUUUGCGUCAGGGGCGGCGGUGGCGGUGCGGUUAAUUAGCUGUUAAAACAGCGCGCGUCCAGCGUGGUGGUGGUGGUGGUGGGAGAGUGGUAGGCAUCCAUCCAUCAGCACAAGCACACACGGUGGUUGUCGCUUACCUCACUUUACACCUAACCGCCGGAGUUCCCGUUCCACGGGUCACGGCCCCCGGCGUCCUCUUUGCGAAACUCAGUGGCAGUGAUGAGCUGGGGUGGGGCCGUGGGGGAGUCCUACCGCUACCACCCACCAACUCAGCUCUCUAGAAGACCUACCCUCCCGCGAUUCCUCAGUCAAGUGCCUAUGCCUAUCUAUAAAAUCCAGCCCCGCUUCACCCACACACCCUUGGCCUUGGCCUGGCGCUCGCACCUCACAGCAGCAGCAGCAACAACAACCUCCACUGCCGCAACCCACCGAGAGGCGAGACCGGCGGCGGCAAAAGGACGAUACAAAAGCAGCCAGGGUUGCUGGCAACAGCGUCGGUCGCCCGCCCGCUCGCCAUGGGGAGGUCGCCGUGCUGCGAGAAGGCGCACACCAACAAGGGCGCGUGGACCAAGGAGGAGGACGAGCGCCUGGUCGCGCACAUCAGGGCGCACGGCGAGGGGUGCUGGCGCUCGCUGCCCAAGGCCGCCGGCCUCCUGCGCUGCGGCAAGAGCUGCCGCCUCCGCUGGAUCAACUACCUCCGCCCCGACCUCAAGCGCGGCAACUUCACGGAGGAGGAGGACGAGCUCAUCGUCAAGCUGCACAGCGUCCUCGGCAACAAGUGGUCCCUGAUCGCCGGAAGGCUGCCCGGCAGGACGGACAACGAGAUCAAGAACUACUGGAACACGCACAUCCGGAGGAAGCUGCUGAGCAGGGGGAUCGACCCGGUGACGCACCGCCCGGUCACGGAGCACCACGCGUCCAACAUCACCAUAUCGUUCGAGACGGAGGUGGCCGCCGCUGCCCGUGAUGAUAAGAAGGGCGCCGUCUUCCGGCUGGAGGAGGAGGAGGAGCGCAACAAGGCGACGAUGGUCGUCGGCCGCGACCGGCAGAGCCAGAGCCAGAGCCACAGCCACCCCGCCGGCGAGUGGGGCCAGGGGAAGAGGCCGCUCAAGUGCCCCGACCUCAACCUGGACCUCUGCAUCAGCCCGCCGUGCCAGGAGGAGGAGGAGAUGGAGGAGGCUGCGAUGAGAGUGAGACCGGCGGUGAAGCGGGAGGCCGGGCUCUGCUUCGGCUGCAGCCUGGGGCUCCCCAGGACCGCGGACUGCAAGUGCAGCAGCAGCAGCUUCCUCGGGCUCAGGACCGCCAUGCUCGACUUCAGAAGCCUCGAGAUGAAAUGAGCGCGCUUCUACCCUCUCUGUGUAGCUUCUCCCCCCCGUCGUCCUCGUUUUUGUUUUGCCACACCUCACAUGGAUGAUGAAUUGAUGAUACGUGGUUGGUUAGUUUUUUCGUAGGUGAAAAAUACGCGAUGGUGAGCGAGUGAAAGAGAGAUUUUGUGCCCUGGGUCCUCCUCCCUGCUCUCUCUUGCUGCUCCAUUUUGCCUCCCUCUGUCCUCUCUCUCUCUCUCUCUCUCUCUCUCUCUCUCUCUCUCUCUGUAUCUCUGUAAUUACCAUCGCCAAAUGAUCAUGGGGGCAAUAUCAUGCUAGGUCUCUGGAAAUUGACGCUAA